GCAUUUUCACUCCCGUCGACGGCCGGCGAUUUUCCAGAGAGAGAGAGAGAGAGAGGGAGGUCGAAGCUUGAUCCGAUCGGCGGCUGGUCGGCGACCGGAGGAGGAGGAGGAGGAGAUGAACGCCGUCGGCAGGCAGAUGUCGCGGUCCGGCUCCACGGCGGCGCACCACCACCGCCAGUACUCCGACAACUUCCUCGACUCCUCCCUCCACGGCAAGUGGCUCCAGUCCGCUAACCUCAGCCAGGAUUUUGGAGUCGGAGCUCGGGGCUCGCGGUCGAGCAGGAGCUUGCUGUCGUCGAACCCCGGGACGCCCCCGGUGUACUCGAGGUCCUCGAGCUUGAGGAGGAACGAGGAUGAUCAAACGUCCCACGGCCUGCUCGGCUCCGGAUUGCUGGAUCUCCAUUCUUUUGAUACCGAGCUGUUGCCUCAGGUCUCCUCCAACCUAUAUGAUGAGUACUCCUCACUUCAUCAAACUGUUCGUGGCGGAAGUUUUGUCUCUGAGCCUCAUGUUUCUUUUGACAAACUUAACGACCAUAUUCUUCCUGAGAACAACCUUCUCAGGAGCUUCGUAGCAGACAAAGAAAGGGUCAAUAAUGUUGCCAAGAUCAAAGUUGUGGUACGCAAGAGGCCACUUAAUCGAAAAGAAAUAGCAAAGAAAGAGCAAGAUAUUAUUACAAUAGAACCAAAUUCGAGUUCUCUCACAGUUCAUGAAACUAAACUUAAGGUUGACUUGACAGAAUAUGUGGAGAAACAUGAAUUUGUCUUUGACGCUGUGCUAAAUGAGAGUGUUUCUAAUGAUGAAGUGUACUCUGAAACUGUGCAGCCAAUAGUUCCUUUGAUUUUUAACCGAACAAAGGCUACAUGCUUUGCAUAUGGGCAGACAGGAAGUGGAAAAACAUAUACGAUGCAACCACUGCCCCUUAAAGCAUCUCAAGAUAUAUUGCGGCUGAUGCAUCAUACAUACCAAAACCAAGGUUUUCAAUUAUUUGUCAGUUUCUUUGAGAUCUAUGGAGGGAAGCUUUUUGACCUUCUCAAUGACCGGAGAAAACUCUGCAUGAGGGAGGAUGGGAAACAACAAGUGUGCAUUGUUGGUUUGCAAGAAUACAAAGUGUCAAAUGUUGAGACAAUCAGAGAGCUCAUUGAGUUAGGGAAUGCUACCAGAAGUACUGGCACAACUGGGGCAAAUGAGGAGUCCUCUCGGUCACAUGCAAUUCUUCAGCUUGCUAUUAAAAGAUCGGCUGAUGGCAAGGAAUCGAAGCCUGCACGCCUCAUUGGAAAACUUUCUUUUAUAGACCUUGCAGGAAGUGAACGCGGUGCAGAUACUACUGACAAUGACAAACUGACAAGAAUGGAGGGUGCUGAGAUCAACAAAAGCUUACUCGCCCUGAAAGAAUGCAUCAGAGCUCUUGAUAACGACCAGGGUCACAUACCAUUUAGAGGGAGUAAACUGACUGAAGUUCUUAGAGAUUCAUUUGUUGGUGAUUCACGAACGGUGAUGAUAUCAUGUAUUUCACCUAGCUCUGGAUCAUGUGAACACACUCUUAAUACUCUGAGAUAUGCUGACAGGGUGAAGAGUCUAUCUAAAGGGAACAGUUCCAAAAAGGAUCUGAUGUCUUCAUCUUUGAACAUUAGAGACUCUACUACUUUCCCCCUUAGUUCACUUUCAACGGCCGAGUCAAAUUUUGAGAAUAACAUGGAUGAAACUGCCAAUGAAAAGAAAAAUUUUCUUCGGCCCAAACGGAUGAACCGUGAAGCCUCUCCACCCAUCAAUGUGGAUGGUACAGAUGGCGGAUGGUGUGAAGGAAACGUGGCAGAAUCACUGUAUUCAGGUGCUUAUAAACAACAGAAAGGAUUUCUGCAGGACCCAAUUUUGAAAGAUUCUGAUUAUUCUGCGGAGUACAAUGUGCUGGAGAAACCAACAAGGAUGUCUAUCAACAAGGUAGAGACAUCUCAAAUUUCGGAUAUUGAGGAGAAACGGAGAGCAGAAAUUCAGCUUGAAGGAAGGGAAGUGCAAGAAUUUGACGCAACCAACCUUCACUUGGAAGAUGAUCUAAGUGCAUUGCUGAAGGAAGAGGAAGAUCUGGUGACAGCUCAUCGGCAGCAAGUGGAGCAGACAAUAGAGAUUGUUAGAGAGGAGAUGAACUUGCUCGUUCAAGCCGAUCAACUAGGAAAUCCUGUGGAUGACUACAUAUCUAAGCUAAGUUGCAUUCUUUCAGAAAAGGCUGCAGGGAUUCUGCAAUUACAGACGCGCCUGGCCCAAUUUCAGAAGCGUCUAAAUGAACGCGGUGUUUUGGUAUCUUCUGGUGUGUGACUUCACCAGAAGUAGGACAGCUAGUUGUCCUGGUUGGCAUGUGUUUAUUAGUUUCAGGUCGGGUGCAUCGUCCGAGGUCGGUAUGCGGUUUUGUCUUAUGCUUCCUUAUGGUGCUUUUAGUAACUUAAUUGUGUCACAACUUGCGAGUUACGUGGAGCUUGAUUCGCAUAUUCUGUAAAUUAUGUGCCUUUGAUUUGCUAUGAAAAUGAAAUAUAGAAUGGAUGAGUUUGUGGGUGA